GCUGCGGGCGGGGGCGGGGGCCGGCAGGUCGGCCAGCCGGCGGAGUAGUACCGCGGCCGGCACUCUGUGAGGAUGGCGCGUCACGUCCGGAGCCCGCCCCUGCUGCUGCUGCUGCUGCUACUGCUGUCACUGACCGCACCCUAUGGAGGUGUGGUCGGAGCCCAGAGUCCAGAGCGGGCUUGCGUGGUGAGCGGCGCGGAGCGCGCCUGCCGGGAUAUCUCCGCCGCCUGCUCGGCGCUGAACUGCGGCACCAGCCGCGUCUGCGCGGUAGCCCUGAGCGGCGCUCUCGUCUGCCUGCCGGCCAGCGCGCGCGACUUCAAGAACUGCGGACCGGAACGCCUGCGGCUGACCCAGCCCUGCCCGGCCGACUCCGGGAUCAUGGGCUUCGGACAGGGCUGUACCUUCUGCCGCGGCGGCAACCCGUUCUCGCCGGGCCCGGCUCCCCCCGGCGGCGUCCAGCCCGCCCCGCCAGACCUGCUGAAGGUCUCGCCGCAGCCGCCGAGUCCGCCGCUCCUGUCACGACGGGCGUGCGUGGUCCGGCACGUGGGCAACGGCGAGUUCAAGAACGAGUGCGUCGAUAUUGCGGCCCGGUGCAGCCGGAAGGGUUGCCCGUCGGACACGGUGUGCGGCCUCGACCUGGACGAGCGGAUUCAGUGCUUCCCACGGUCUGUGAAAGACUUUGAGAACUGCGGCUCGGAGGUCUUCCGACUGUCACAGCCGUGCCCCGCGGACGCGGGGAUCAAGGGCUUCGGAAUGGGCUGUAAUUACUGUGUAGGAGGCAACCCGUUCUCGUCAGGUCCGCAACCUCCCUCCGUCCCGCCUCUCGUGAGACAGGCAGCGGAAGGGCCAGGGACCGGGCCGCGGCCCCCCAGUCCCCCCACAUUUGGAGCUGCCAACAGGGCGUGCGUGGUGCGUCACAUCCGUAACGGCGAGUUCAAGAAGGCAUGCGUUGACAUUUCCACCCGAUGCGAAGAAAGGAAAUGUCCGCGAGGCACCGUUUGUGGGCUCGACUUGGACGAACAGGUCGGAUGUUUUCCAGAGUCUGUGAAAGAGUUUGAGAACUGCCGGUCAGAAUCAUUCCGACUCUCCCAGCCCUGCCCCGCGGACGCCGGGAUUAAGGCCUUUGGCAUGGGUUGCACAUUCUGUGUGGGCGGCAACCCGUUUUUUCCCGGUCCCGUAGCCCCCUCUCCGCCCAGUGGCCGACCUAACGGGAGGCAGCUGACCGGUGAAUUGAAUACGUCUGGAUCUAGCCCACUGCAGGCAGGCACCGCUUGUGUGGUGGUUUACGACCGCGACUGGCAGCGGAGGGAAAGGUGCAUUGACAUUUCGGAACAAUGCAGUCAGAAAGCCUGUCCGCAAGGCAGCGUGUGUGGACUCGACCUGGAUGAGCAGAUCCAGUGUUUCCCGGCGUCGGUGAAGGAGUUUGAGAACUGCGGACCGGAGUCGCUAAGGCUUUUGCAACCGUGUCCGGCGGAUGCUGGAGUGCGAGGCUUCGGCAUGGGCUGCACCUUCUGCAGGGGCGCCAACCCGUUCGAGCCAGCGGGCCCGCCCCCGCCCGAGCCGGGUCUCCCCACUCCCACUCCUCUGCCACCCACCGGCGAGCGGUCUGGACGGGCGUGCCUGGCGACGCCGACGGUCACCGAGUGCCGCGACAUCUCGUCCGAGUGCCUCGAGCGGGGCUGCCGGGCCGGCUCCGUCUGCGCGCUGGGGCUGGACGGCACGCUGCGGUGCCUGCCGCCGUCGGCCACAGAGUUCCAAAACUGCGGGUCCGAGUCGCUACGCCUCUCGCAACCAUGCCCGGCCGACGCGGGAAUCCGGGCCUUCGGCAUGGGCUGCACCUACUGCGUCGGCGGCAACCCGUUCGCCGCGCCGACGGCGUCGCAGCCGCCGCCGCCGCUGGGCGAGCGCCCUCUAGCCUGCGUGAGUCGCAUCACCGGCGCGGGUGAGAUGCGCCGCGGCUGCCUGGACAUCACCGAGCUGUGCCGACGGCGCGGCUGCCCGGCCGACCGCACGUGCGCGCUCGACGUCGACGAGCAGCCGGGCUGCUUCGCCGCCAGCCAGCUGACCGUGCGCAACUGCGGCUCGGCACGCGAGCGCAUGGCGCGGCCCGGCGGAUUUGGCAACCGGCUGCCUUUUACGGUGCAGCGCAGUUCUGGAAGACAGGACUGA